AUGAUAUGGAGUCUUUUGUCAGCCAGAUGUCUAUGUUUCAUUAAGUGCCUAAACCAGGUCUAUAUCCAAUAUGCGUCCCUUCGGUUACCCUUUUUUUCGUUGGUAUCAGACCUAGCUACACGGCGGGCCCACCACAGCCUACGCUUGCCCCAACUAUUUGCAUCGGCGCUUCUUGCGACGACGCUAGAGGGAAUACGUUUUCGGAGAAACUAG